AUGCAAUCAAGCGGCGAAAACAGCGAUAAUGGAGAGGGAUCAUCUCAAUUUAUUCCGGAUAAUAUGCACCCAUUGGUGACUUCGCUAUUGGAAAGAAAUUACAUCGAAAGGAAUCCCGAAAAUUGUUUUGUCUAUGAUCGCGAUGAAAUGAUUCGUUUAUCAAAAGUCGAACUUUCGGUCACUCGUCCUUUACAUUUUGCGGAGGAAUUUAAUGGAGAUGACGGGAAAUUCUCACCAGCAAAAUGGAUGCAACAUUUAUGGGAUCAGCAGGACAACGAAAAUAAAAGCGCAAAGAAAAUUGGGGACACUUUGAAAGCGGAAACGAGUUAUGAGGAUGGUGCCAUUCUUUCACCACAGCGAAGAGGUUUCUCUGGUGGAUGUUGUCCGCCUGAUGAAAAAUCGGAUCGAGUAAAUUCUGAUGGAAAUCGAACAAAAACUGGGAACUCUUGGACACCAAAUGAUGGGAAAACUCGUUGGAAUGAGGAUCGAAAAGGAGCUGAUGACAAGAAGAAGAAUAAAGGUGAAGGGGAUGAUUGGAAAUUGACACGUGGAAGAAGUUGGAGGGAUUCGGACGAAAAAGGAAAACAAGACUUCAAAUUGCCAUUUCAAAAAGCCUCGGAUAAACUGAAGACGAAUGCAAAUCAAACAAGCUCUUCUUGGAAAAACUCAAAUUCGACACAGAAAGAUUUUCGACCAGCGUUUGGAAGACACAAAGACUUUCGAGGAAAUAAUGUGGGUGGAGAUGAAAGAUUGCCUGAAUGGGUUGAAGAUGGACCUUCAACAAUGGAUGAUGUUAUCGAAUUGAAAGGAUUUGAAGAUAGUGCCACAAAAAGAAAAAUUCCCAAACAAGAGAUGCCAGCUCCACUUUCUGUGAAAACGGAGCUUGAUGGACAGAAAAGUGGAGAACAAUUGGCAUUACCUGAAACAGACGCGGAAUUUGCUGCCAUUUUAGGGCUAUGUGAUGAAAUAGCUCCACAGAAAACCGAUAUCUCAGCACAGAGUGAAUCGAAUGCAACUUCUGGAAGUCGAUUGAGCCGUUUCUUCAAAAAACCAAACGUUUCUACACCAAAUGAAUCAAAUCAAGAUAUCGGUCAGAAAGAAGCACAAAAGAUGCUGGGCGAUUAUUCGGGAAACGACUCUCAAGGAACAAAACAACAACAAGAUGGACAAGAAAAAUCAAUUCUCAAAGAACUCUUCGGUAACAAACCAUCGGGAUCAAAUGAGGUUUUUGCAAGACCACAAUUAAAUGAAGGACAGGGAAUCAAGGUUUCCGAUCUUGAAAGAAAACUCCAUUCGGGUAAUGCUGAAAAGUCGAUUACAAGACCAAGUGGUGGAGAGGAUUCGUGGGCUGAGAAAGUGAGACAUCUCUCGUUAGAUAGUCAGAAUGUUUGGGGUGAAGAUAAUCAACCUAGUGGAUCUCCUCAUCAAGAUCGUGGAUCAAGAAUGACUCCACCAAAUGUGAUCCCUCCCGAGAUCCUCACCGGUCCAGUGAAAGUGAAUCAAUUACCCGGUCUUGAAUGGGAGCAUAUCCCUGUUGAGAAACGCUAUCUCAUGCAACAUAUCUAUCAGACAGCAUUGGUUGAAGCAGCAAAUAGUCGAGGUUGUGUACCACCCCCGGAAAUUGUUGAUCAAAUUCGACAAGCCUCAAUUCUUCGAGUGAUGAUGCCGAAUAUUUUCUACCGCUAUGAGGAGGCGCAAAAUUCGCACUCGUACCAUCAACGCCCACCAGAAUCUUCAAACACUUAUCCUGAAUCGAAAAUGAUUGAGAGACAAACGGAGCAAAACCACGAAUCACAGGCAACAACACUGAUUCCGGCUUCUGUGGCACGACAUAUGAAAAGUAAUGAACAAGAAGAGAAAAAUCAAAUGAUUGUCAGCCACCCCGAAGGAAAUGAACGAAAUUUUGAGAAUCCAGAGAAGCCACAAGUGUUGCCGGGUUUGAAAAUGGACAUGCAAGGUAGCUAUCAAACAGUUCUUGGGUCAAUGGGUGGUGGUUAUGCAAUGUCAACAUACCAAACAGCCACUCCAGCACAAUCACACUUUCAACCGAAUACCAUGCAACAACUACCCACUUAUCAACAACAACUUGGACAAUAUGCUGUUAUGCAACAUCAUAUGAUGAUUGCUCAAGCUCAGCAACAACAACAGCAGCAAACACAGGCAAUGUUGAUGAUGCAAGCAAGACAGCUUUUGGCUCAACAACAAUUGCAGCAACAACAGCAGCAGCAACGCAACCCGGAAAUUUCGUCGAUGGUCAAUCAACACCAAUCACGAUCAAAUGAGAACUUUGCUCCUCCACAAAAUGCGCCCAGUCAUCUGGAGAGACUGCUGGCCAAUGCAGGCAUUCAUCCGACGAAUCAAGUCAACAAGGUGCCAGCUUCGGGAGGUCGAGCGAUGACUCUUGAAGAACUUGAAAGACAACUCACACAACCCAAA